CGUUCCAUUAAGCGAACUCUGAUUCUGCCGAAGCCUAUCAACUUUCUGUCUCUCUCAAGGGUGGGCAAUGAAAUUUAUAAUAAUUAUAUCCAUAAGUAGCGGAACCUAGAUUUUAGACUUUAACGCCGACGGGGACACUCGAUAUUGUUAUACACAGACAGGACUCAGAUUUCUAGUUUUGAGCUCCCUGCCCUGACCCCUCAGACCAAUCUGUUCCAACUCUUAGACUUCAACCACUACGAAUGGAUACCCUCCAUAGAGAAAUCCGAACUCCAAAUUCAGGUCGCAGACAAGGAGGCGGCUGGAUCACCUUCCCCUUCAUUAUUGGGACAUUGGCAGGCUUAACACUUGCGGGUGGAGGAUGGGCGGCCAACCUCAUCGUCUAUCUCAUUCAAGAAUUCAAUUUAAAGAGCAUUGAUGCUGCUCAGGUUUCAAAUAUAGUGAAUGGAGGCUCAAGUCUGUUUCCCAUAGUUGGAGCUAUCAUAGCUGAUUCUUUCUUGGGCUGUUUCUUUGUAGUCUCAAUAUUUUCCUGCAUCUCUUUGCUGGGCACAGGUUUUCUUGCCUUAACCGCUACACUCAAUUCAUUGAGGCCUCAACCCUGUAACGAUGGAGGGAUCAGCUUUUGCAAAGCCCCCUUAAAGAUUCAAUUCCUUGUCCUUUAUGCAGGAAUAGCUCUGGCAACUAUUGGUCUGGGAGGCACGCGUUUUAGUUUAGCAACAAUGGGAGCAAACCAAUUCCAUAAGCCCCAAGAGCAAGGGAGUUUCUUCAAUUGGUACUUUUUCACUCUAUACACUGCCUCCGUAGUCAGUUCCACAGCGAUAGUCUACAUUGAGGACAAUGUGAGUUGGGGUUUGGGUUUUGGAGUAUGCGUUGCUGCUAAUUUCAUCGGCUUAGCAAUUUUCUUGUUGGGAAACCGGUUCUAUUUACAUGACAAGCCUCAAGGGAGUCCAUUCAUGAACAUAGCUCGUGUUCCAGUGGCUGCUUUUAAGAAAAGAAAUUUGCCACUCUCAUCCACGAGCCACGACUAUUACAACGAACCUACCAAUCAACCCAUGAAUGUGGAGGCUGCAGCACCUAAAAAAGGUUUCAGAUUCCUCAACCGUGCAUCAUUAAAAGCUGAAGGAGACAUUGGAUCCGAUGGCUCAAUUGCGAAACCAUGGAGUCUUUGCACGGUGCAACAUGUAGAAGAUCUGAAAAGCUUGAUCAGAAUUUUCCCACUAUGGUCUUCGAGUAUAUUUUUAAGCAUUCCAAUAGCAAUCCAGGGCAGCCUGACAAUACUCCAAGCUCUAAGCACGGAUCGUCACCUUGGGCAACAUUUCAAAAUCCCAGCUGGCUCUGUCCCAGUCAUAGUGUUGAUUUCCACAUCCAUUUUCCUGACCCUGAUUGAUCGGUUCUUGUGUCCUAUGUGGCAGAAGCUGACUCGGAAGCCUCCAUCAGCCCUCCAGCGAAUAGGUGUAGGCCACGUGUUAAACGUGCUUGGCAUGGCCGUGUCAGCAUUGGUGGAGUCAAAACGGCUCAAAAUGGUCCAUGCCCACAACCUCCGGUCUCAACCAAGUUCCAUAGUACCUAUGUCGGCUUUGUGGCUAUUUCCCCAACUAGUUUUGGUUGGAGUUGGAGAAGCCUUUCAUUUCCCAGGACAAGUUGCACUAUAUUAUCAAGAAUUCCCUGCAUCUCUGAGAAGCACAGCAACUGCUAUGAUUGCUAUGAUUCUUGGGAUCGCUUACUACUUAAGCACUGCAAUAAUUGAUUUACUUAGGAGGGUUACAAGCUGGUUACCUGAUAACAUAAACAAUGGAAGGCUAGAUACUGUUUAUUGGACCUUAACUGUGGUGGGGGUGCUCAACUUUGGUUAUUUCCUUGCUUGUGCCAGCUUGUAUAAGUAUCAAAAUGCUGAAAAGGAAGUUGAUGAUAGUUCUGCUUAAGAAAAUAUGUUAAUGUAUUUUCAAAAUGAGAAGUUGUCUCACAUAAUAGAAGGUUAUCUUAGCUCAAAGGUUAUGUCACACAUAGUAAUAUAGUGUGAUUAUUAAAUUGUAAGUGGGGUUUUUAUGUAAAUAGUUAUAUCUCUUAGUAAAAUGAUAUGUU